CAUUCGUGACGUCAUCACCGCUGAGACCACGCCCACCCGUGACGCGAGAGUCGAGAGGAGACCGCCGAGUCGACAGCAGCGAACGUCCCAGACGAGAGGCGGAGAUGGCGGACCCACGGCAGCGGCAGCUCAAGAUCAAGGCAGGGGUGGUCAAGCGUAUUGCCAAGGAAACGACGAUGUACAAGUUGGAGUUGACGCAGCAGGAGGAGAAAGUGGAAAAGAUGAAGACGGGGGGAGACGAGUACAUGCUCAAGAAGCAGAUUGAGGUUCUUCAGGAGGCCAAGAUGAUGAUCCCUGACUGUGAGCGGCGUCUGGCUGCUGCCCACGGGGACCUCUCUCAGCUUGUGGAGAACGAGCAAGACCUGGCGGACACGGAAGAGUACCAGGCUGCCGUCGCCAUACUGAAGGAAGUCAAGCUGGAGUCCAAAUGAUUCUUAUCUGAGCCUUAAUUGUAUCACAACCCAUUCCUGCAGCAGACAUGCACGUUGCUCACCCCCCUGUCUACUGUUUACUAUGGGAUUCCUCUUAUCUGUGGAUCCUCUUUAUCCGUGAAUCCUCUUGGGAAAAAAGAGGCAGCGUAUCCAUAUUUCCUCUUGGGGAAUUUACAGAUAAAGUGAAAAUGGGGGAUUAAAAAACGUUGGGAAUGUGAUGUUAUAAGGAGCUUGAAUUUCCCAUACUGUGGCACGGGUCCCUGCUUUCUUCUGCUGUGUGCUGCACCGCGUUGCACAUGUGGCGUCAGGUAUGCCGGCGAAAUAAAUACUAAAAAGACGGGUGCAUCGCCCACGACUGGACAUAUCUCCCCCCUUGCGGCUUUGUGGGAGAAACGAAAGGAACCUAAACUCCGGAUCACCCUCACGGUUUGCUGCCACACCUUGUUGGGCAUUGCCUAAUGGAGGCCGUGACUCUCCCUGGUUUCCCCAGAUUUGAGUUUUCAUCUCCCAUAGAAACUUGCAAGAGUUGGGCAAAUGACCGCUCAUGAUUAAAUGGUAUAUGUGGUAGUAUCGUGCAUUCCGCGUGUGACGUGGCCAUCUUGCAAGAGAGCACAGGCAGCCAGGCCUCAAUGCAAGGAGGACCCAUCCUACCCAAACCGUCUUAUCCACGACGCACUUCCCACUGAUUUCCACCUCUUCCACAGACUAAACCCGGACAUAUGUCUUCGGUAGCCUAUUUAUAUCGAAACCGCAUUGUACCGUGAUAAAGUUCAACACAAUACUGGUAACAAAUCUUGGUACUAAUUAUUUUGUGCCACCUGGGCACAGUCGGGUCAAACACUGAUGGGCAGCAAAACCCCACAUUCCCACAUCACAGAUAAUAUGAAUUCUACGGUAUCAAAAUAUGUAUUAAAUGAAUAAAACUGUCCAGUUUGUUUGCAUAACUCCUUCAGUUCGUAUUGCAAAUUGUUAAACUUGAGCUUUGGAAUACCGAGGUUAGAUAAUUUUCCAAUUAACUAAUUUAAUCCACUUAAACGAGAUCUUGAGAAGUUUAUAUGUUUUGCCUUGGAAUUAAAAAGUCCAGCUGGAAGCCUG